AGUCAUGGGUGCGCCGGUCAGAAACACCACCUGAAUUAGAAUUUAAGAACAUUCUGAAAGGGACAGAACAAGGGGAAAGCUACCUUGGUGGGACAGUGUCGGUAGGAAAGUGAAUUUCGUUGGUUUGAAGCCAACUUGAUUUUAAAAUCAAGAUCCCUCGAAACGACAGAAUAGCAUCCCUGCUUGUUUCUGGACAUGGAAUGUGCUGGGUACUUCCUCUGUCUGCUCGUCCUACAAUGCCUCGUCCCCAGUACCCGCUCCUACCAACCGGGGGACUGCAACCUGUCGUUCCAGAGCAUCGAAAUACAGAAAGACGUGGUGCUGGCCAGCGGGCAGGUAGCGGUGUGCUUCGGCACGGCCACGGCGUCUUCCUGCCAUGGAGCCUGUCCUUCCUUCACUGCAUCGUCCAUCUACAAUCCGGCAGGAUUGACCAAGAAAUGCACCUGUUGUCGAGAGAAAGAGAUGAUAACACAGUCGGUCAUCCUAUCACCGUGCUUCGAUCCCAACAACGGCGAACAGAUUGUUGGUGAAUAUUUCAUGGACGAAUUUCAGCAACCGUCAGGCUGCGAAUGUCAACCGUGCACUCUUUGAGAUGGAGUCCACUUGAAGUACAUUUUGCCAG